AUGCUUCGAUUCCAUCGAGCGGUCCGCCCGAUCUCUGGCCAUAAGCUACCCAGAUCCCUCCCUUCUCUCUAUACCCACCAUGGCAUGCUCACAAGCCCCAAGCGUCAUCAACAGCAGCGUCGGACCCUCUUCGGCGAGCCUUCCAACUUGCCUUUGGCGGGCACCACCUCGGCAGCGAGCGAUGGUAUCCCUUGGUUGUUCUUGCUCGAGAUUGGGAUCGGGUUCCCGAUCGUGUUGUGGACGUACAAGGUCGGUUGUUCCGUUCAUGACUCGAGUGCUGAUCUCGCCUUGACUCAGUGGCUAACACCCCCCCCCCCCCCCCACACGCGGUUCCUGACCUGACGCGAUCGAUCUCUACCCGUUCGUAGUGCACGAUGAUGGUCCUCUUCCAACGCAAGAUCGUAAAUCUACCCUUCCUACCCCUAGGCGGACGUACAGAAACCCUCCUACCGGCCGAGGAUCGUUCGGCUCAAUUGGAGAAGGAGUUGGGAGGUUUCGAUUGGACCCAGGUGGAGUGCACUAGUAGGGCGAGAUCGACUCGAUGGGGUCGCGAGGUGGUGCUUAGAGGGAUACAGGUCAAACUACGACCGAACGCGAAGAAGCAUAUAUCAUCGAUGCAGAGUUCUACGCCUACGCGAUCGCUGGACAAAGACCGUGCCGACGAUCGACCCGUGCUCAUCUUUUACCUUCAAGGCAACGCCGGAACCCCGCUCCAUCGUCACUCUUCCGAGUCCUCCUCAACGGGAUACCCAACACCCCUCCCACAGAAACGACCGUCGUUGCCUUCGCCCCUCGUUCCUACUGGCUCUCAACACGCUCCACACCGACCGAAGCGACGUUCUUAUCGGACUACCUCUCCGCACUGGAAGAGACAAUUCGUCUUCACCCUAAAGCGAGAAUCAUUCUUUACGGUCAUUCUCUAGGUGGAGCAGCGGCCGUACUUCUCCUCCUGCGUCGUGAACUUCUUUCGCUCGAACUUAGAACGCGCAUCAAAGCUCUGGUGUUGGAGAAUCCCCUUCCUUCGAUCCCUUACAUGCUACGAGCGAUCUACCCACAACGCUGGUUGCCUUAUCAUUAUUUAGGACCGUGCGUUUUCGAUCGAUGGGAUGCGAUCGCGCAGGUCGACAACAUAACCGAGGGAUCAGAGGGUUUGAAAGGGUUGAAAACCCUGUGGUUCAGAAGUGGAAGGGACGAAUUGAUCCCUACGGAACAAGAGGAGAAGAAUGAAGGUGGGGAUAGGGUGAGAAGGAUGUACGAGGAAUGGAAAGGGGAGGACAAGCGAUGGGUCGACAUCAAGGAUGCUUUGCACGAGACUGCUUGGCUGUCUAGGAAAUGA